AUGAAAAAGCCGCUAUCUGGCUAUGGAAGCUCACAUCCUAAUAUUGCAGUCAUAAAGUAUUGGGGAAAAGCAGAUACAAUAAACAACAUGCCCUCCAGCCGAUCCAUCUCAUUUCCCUUAACAAACUUCUUGACUGAAACUGUUGUCGAGCAUUCUCUGGAAGAAGACAGGUUUUAUCUGAACGGCAAAAUGCUUCCCAUUGGCGAGAAAAUGGGUCGGGCUGUGGAGAUAUUCAGGAAGAAGUCUGGAGAUGAUAGGCCAGUCUGCAUCAGAUCAUUCAGCAACUUCCCGCACUCCUGUGGACUCGCCUCCUCGGCAUCCGGGCUUGCAGCACUUGUACUGGCUUUGAAUGACUUUUACGGCCUAGACAUGCCGGAAGAAGAGUUGUGUAUUGCUGCAAGGAUUGGGUCUGGAAGCGCCGGAAGAAGCAUAUCCACGGGGAUCCACCUGUUUGACGGGAUGUCUGUUGAGAGGCUCCCCUCGUGGAAAGAGGUCCGGAUCCUCUCCAUCAUCCUGUCAGGGGACUGCAAGAAGACAGGAAGCACCGAGGGAAUGAUAAGGACAAAAGAGACAAGCAACUUCUACCAGGAGAGGCUGGCUAGAAUUGAAAGAAAGAUCAAAGCCAUGGUUCAGUAUAUUUCUCAGAAAGACUUCGACGGGUUUGCCCAUCUCACAAUGAGGGAGUCCAAUGAGCUCCAUGCCAUCCUCAUGGAGACAUAUCCCCCAAUUAGAUACAUCAGAGACGACGGAUUCAAGGUCAUCGAGAUGUGCCACGAGUUCAACAGGGACAGGACAAGGGUUGCCUACACGUUUGAUGCUGGCCCAAACCCAUUCCUAAUAACCUUGGAACAGCACCUCCAUGCGGUAGAAGACUUCUUCAAAGCCUACGAGCUGGUUCCGUGCAACUAUUAG